AUGAACCAUACCACCUUCUAUACCAUGAACCAUACCAUCUUCUACACCAUGAACCAUACCAUCCUCUACACCAUGAACCAUAUCAUCUUCUACACCAUGAACCAUACCAUCUUCUACACCAUGAACCAUACCAUCUUCUACACCAUGAUUCAUACCAUCUUCUAUACCAUGAACCAUACCAUCUUCUACACCAUGAACCAUACCAUCUUCUACACCAUGAACCAUACCAUCUUCUACACCAUGAACCAUACCAUCUUCUACACCAUGAACCAUACCAUCUUCUACACCAUGAACCAUACCAUCUUCUGUACCAUGAACCAUACCAUCCUUAACACCAUCUUCAAUACUAUCAGCUCUAUCAUCUUUCUAUACCAUGAGCCACACUAUUGUCAGGGCAAUACAAUCUUUCCUACCUGA